AUGAAGUUAUUGAAUGAUGUUGAACUACGCAAAUGUUGUGCUAAGUUCAUAGAAACAUUUUCACGAAAUGGUUCAUGCGAUGUUGAGUUAGAUGAUCUUUUUUCCGAAUUAAGACUGCUGCAAAUGACCUUACCAGAAUCAGGUUUGCCAUUGCAUGCUAUGGAGAUUUUUGAGUUUGUUAGAGAUAUUGACUGUUUUCCAAAUGUUUUAAUUGCUUAUCGAAUUCUGUUCACUGUACCAAUGACCGUAGCAUCAGCAGAGCGUAGCUUUUCAAAGUUGAAAUUGUUAAAGAACUAUUUGAGGUCAACAAUGUCACAAGAAAGAUUAAAUGGUCUUGCUACUUUAUGUAUUGAGAAAGAUAGGUUGGAUGAAAUAAAUGUUGAUGCAAUAAUCGAUGACUUUGCUUCUAGAAGUGUUAGACGAAUUUCCAAGUUCUAG